AUAAAUGGGUUCAAAUCACUCACGACAGUCUCAGGAUGUUCCGAAAUCUUUUCAGACCGCGGACUCUGUUAGUGAUGCUUCCAAGGUUGCAUCAGUCCUGGAAUCUUCCCUUGAAAAGUCAUCCCUUGAGAAAUUGAGUCGUUUUAGCAACAGCUUGAAAGAAGUGGAAGAGUCUUCUGGGCGUCAGUUCUCUUAUGACACAAAGCCAAUACCAAUCAGCCGCCCAUUAGGUGACUCGUCCACUGUGGUCUUGACUGAUGAGGAGGCCAAGAGUCCAAGAAUAUCGCCACCCUCACCAAACCUAACGCCUAGAAAUUUUCUUGGUUCUCGAAAAGGAAAGCUUAUGAUGUCUGGCAAGGCAGGGGAAGAAGAGAGCGACGACGACGAACUUGCUGGUACCAUUCCCACAGCCUUUGAUUGGAGACACGGAGGAAUGCAAGUAUUCAUUAUGGGCGCCUUUGAUAAUUGGCAAGCAAUGUAUCCUCUGCGCCGUUCGGGAAACAACUUUUACACUCUUUUAAAUUUGGAACCAGGCGUCUAUCAGUACAAAUAUUACGUAGAUAAUGAAUGGAGACACGCACCAGAACUUCCAACGGCUCUAGAUGGAAUGGGAAAUCUAAACAACAUUGUUCAAGUCAACAACUUUAAGAGCGAAUUUCAGGAUGACGACGUAAUGUUAGAAGCUUACCAAAAAGGAAUGGCAGAGAUUGCCUUUUUGCGAGAAAAUGAAAGUAACACUCCUGUGGAUUCUUACGGUGAAGAAUGGCCGGACUUUCAGAGUUUUUCGAGAGAACCUCCACCUUGCCCUCCUCAACUCUCAGAUAGUUGUUGUGUUCUUAACUGCAAGACGGAUUCAUUUUUAAGUGCAGGUGAAGAGCCGUCAGAGUUAAAGAGACCCCUAACUGUAACUGUAAAUCAUUUAUAUCGAAGUACUGAAACACCAGAGUGCAAUGUUCAGUUUCGGUGCUAUAUGUCAACAUUUCGGUAUCAGACAAAGUUUGUAACUGUUGUUUUGUAUAAGAAAGCGUGAUAUUCUCUCUCCAAGUGUCGUAGAAGCUGGCAAUGUUUCAUUUUUGGCAGAACUCAAAAUGGUCUUAUUUGAAAUUAUAUCUCAGCCAUUUCAUGCAGCAAUAAGAUAUUUGUCACUCAGGUUUUGCCUGUUUAAAUUUUUCCUGUUGUGAGAAGUAGAAUCUCUUUCUCGUUUGAUUGGCUGAAGAGAGUAGAUGCUUAACAUUUGAAACUUCUGAGGAGGCCGAAUGUGACUGAGGCUUUUAUUAAUUUACAUAACGUUUUCACAAGACCAGUACACUUUAAACUCAAGACCGUUGAACAAGGCUGUCUGUAUCAUUUCCUGGGAGGAAAUUUGUAGUGUUUUAAGGAAGUUUGCUUAAACUUUUCGUAUAUAAAUUUAUCUAUCUAAUAUUAUCCUAAAUGGCUUACAACAUUUGUGUUGUUUUGUUGAUCGUUUCAUUUCCUUUACUCCUUUUCCAAUAGUUGUCAUUUGGUAGAAAAUCUUCCUUUUUGAGCAAAAUUUCUUUGUAAGAGUCGAGAAUCGUUUGAGAAAUACUUUCAAGUUCCCGUUUUUAAACUUACACGGGCUAUACAUAAUAUAUGCGUACACAUUGAUAAAUAGGAAGGGCUCCAUAGGCUCCUAAGCAUUCUCUUUUUUUGUAAAAGGCAACGAUUAAACUGAAAGCUCUGAAC